CAGCCACCUGGAAGAAAAAACACAGUGGGAACAUCCUAAGUCUGGGAAGAGGAAACGUGUUGCAGGAGGUCUGCCGUACGGAUGGGAGCAGGAGACUGAUGAAAACGGACAAGUCUAUUUUGUGGACCACAUAAACAAAAGGACUACCUACCUUGACCCAAGACUGGCCUUUACAGUUGAAGAUAAUCCAGUAAAACCUACUACUAGACAAAAAUAUGACGGAAACAGUACUGCAAUGGAAAUACUCCAGGGUCGUGACUUGAGUGGAAAAGUGGUUAUAAUCACGGGAGCAAAUUCAGGAAUAGGUUUUGAAACUGCAAAGUCUCUUGCACUGCAUGGGGCAUAUGUUAUCCUGGCCUGCAGAAAUGCAUCAAGAGGCAACGACGCCGUCCAGCGCAUUCUUGUGGAAUGGCAUAAAGCCAAGGUAGAAGCAAUGACCUUAGACCUUGCUUCUCUUCAGAGUGUGCAGCACUUUGCUGAAGCAUUCAAAUCCAAGAAUAUGCCUCUGCACAUCCUGGUCUGCAACGCUGCCGUGUUUGGGGCUCCCUGGUGCCUGACAGAGGACGACCUGGAGACCACCUUCCAGGUGAACCAUCUGGGACAUUUCUAUCUUGUCCAGCUUCUGGAAGAUGUUUUACGCCGGUCAUCUCCUGCCAGGGUUGUGGUGGUGUCCUCCGAAUCACACAGAUUUACAGACAUUAAAGACUCCUCUGGAAAACUUGAUUUCAGCCUGCUUUCUCCAUCUAGAAAGGAGUAUUGGGCUAUGUUGGCCUACAAUCGUUCCAAGCUUUGCAAUAUACUGUUCUCCAAUGAGCUGAACCGGCGCCUUUCUCCUCAUGGGGUGACAUCUAAUUCAGUCCAUCCUGGAAAUAUGAUUUACUCCUCCAUUCAUCGUAACUGGUGGGUGUACACCCUGCUGUUUACCUUGGCUCGACCUUUCACCAAAUCCAUGGCAGAUGAUGACUCUUACUUCAUUGAGAACUGGCUUCCUUUAGCCUUAUUGACUGUUUCUUAUCCCUUAUUCACUGGCAAAGAAGGGUAUUCCCAAAAGAGGAGCAGGGAGAAAGAGUCUCCCUCGAAUAUCUGCAGCUCUAUAUCAAAAAGAUUCAUACCCCUGCACAACUCAUCUAGCUGUGGCAAUUUGUUCAAGCCCAGAGGAGGCCCCUUCUACAGAGGAUUUCACAACUGA